GGUGCUCACCUCCUCGACCUCGCUUGCGCGGCUGCCCGUCGCGCCGCUGCGGCGGCUCGUGGCCGAGCAGCUCGCGAAGGCCGGUCCGCUCGCGGUGCAGCUCGAGUCGAGUCGCGAGCGGCUGAUCGCGCUCGAGGUGGCGCUUCUCGGCGCUGAGGCGCAUAGCGAGGCGCUCGCGCCCGUCGCCGGGCUGCAGGCGAGGCCAGGGGGGGCGCCCGUGCCGAGGCUCGAGAGGCUCGAGCGGCUCUUUCCACCCGGUGCUGUCAGCCCCGUCGAGACUCUGUCAAUCAACCAGCGCAUCGCCGCUCUCGAAGCGGCCGUGGCGUCCCAGGGGGGCGGUCUGGCCGCGGCGGCGGCACGCGCCGUGCGGCAGUGGAGAUAUGCCGAGCUCGAGGUGGCCGCGCCGCUGAUGAACCUGGACCCGGGCGGAACCAACGGCGUGGCCGCGCUGGCGCUGCAGCUCGCCCUCGAGCAUCCCGCUUGCGAGCUGGCAGGCACGCUCGCGGCUGCUGUCGCGGCGGUGCUCGGCGGGCAGGACGUGGCCACGGCUGUGGCCAUGCACAGGGCCAAGCACGCCCGCGAGUGGGCACAGCGGCAGGCUCGCGACGCGCUGCAGCGCGCGGCGGCCCGCCUCGCGCUCGACCCCGGCUGGUCCUCCUUUGGUGGGGACGCGGCUCUCGACGCGAUGGCGGCCGAGGUGAGCGACGUGGCGGUGAGGGCGCACCCCAUCUUCGGCGAGCAGGACCCGCCGGUGCCAGACGGCGAGGUGGACAAGGCGGCGCGGGAUGUGGUCGAGGCGUGGUCGCUCGCAAAGGCGGUUGUGUCGCGGCUGAUCGCAACCGAGGCGGAGAAGCUGCAGGCAGAGCUGCCCGCGGCGCAGGACCUGCUGCCGCAGAUCAUGGCCAGCGUGCGGCAGGGCGGCGUGGAGGUGAACGCGGCAGCGGGGCAGGCCAUCCAGGAGUGGAGCGAGGAGCGGCUUACGGCGCGCCGCCGCGACGCCCUCGUCUCAUCGGCGCUUUCCGAGGCGCUCUCGAAGCGGCGGCUCCGCCUGCCCGACGCGGCGACCCGGAAGAUCCGCGCCGCGCUGCUCGCGGCGGUGGCGCGGGGCGACCACCUCGAGGCCGCCGUCGCCGCCGCGCUCGACGAGGCGGAGGCGCGGCAGGUGCGGCGGCGGGUGUCGCAGACGGUGUGGGACCCGUCGUCGAACGAGGUUGCGAAGACCAGUGGCUUGCUCGCUUUCAUGCCCUUCAAGUCGGGUGGCGACGCGGCGCUCGACCACGACGUGCUGCACCACGUCUUCUCGCUGCUCCCCUUCCACUGCCUCCGCAGCCUGGCGCUCGUGUGCAAGCGGUGGCGCUCGGUCGCCACUGACCCCUCCUGGAAGCCCGACGUCGUCGUGUACGCGUGGGGUUCGCCGGACGUGUCGGGCAUCGCGGGCGGCAGCAGCGUGCCACGGCUGCUCCCCUUCUCGCGCAUGCACGAGGUCCGCUCGCUCACUUGCGCCGACAACGCGACCCUGGCCCUCGGGAUGGACGGCUCGGUCUGGCAUUGGGGCAGGAGCUGGCUGCCGCACGGGGACGCGGUGCCGGAGCCGGUGCGCAUCCCCGAGCUGAGCGGCGUCGCCGCGCUGUCGGCCACCCCUCCGGGGUACGACCACGAGCGCUCCCAGCGGCGCGGCUUCUCUGCGGCGGCCGUCACGCACGGAGGUCACCUCUGGGUCUUUGGCACCUCCUUCUCGGUCGAGGGCGUCGCGGCGGGCGUCGCGGCCGAGGAGUGCCGCCAGCUGCUGCAGCGCGAGCGGCUCGUCGUGCGGCCGCGGCGGGUCCUCCGCUUUGGCGGCGCGCCGGCGGCCUCGGCAGCGGUGGCGCAGGUAGCAGUUGGCCUCAGGUUCCUCGCCGUCGCGACGCGUCCUCUCGCCGCAGAGGGCCUUGCCGCGAGUAGCGCGUCCCCUCCGGCCACCGCCUCGACCGCCAGCCCGGCCGACGACCCGACCGCCAGCGCGCCGGAGAGGCGCUCGUCGCAGGUCUUCACGGUGGGCGUCUUUUGCGAGCCCGGUGACGCGCACGCGCUGCGGGCGUGGGAGGGGCUGGCGGGCGUGCCGUUGCGGCAGCUGUGCGCGGGCUCGUUCCACUGCUGUGCGCUCUCCACGAGCGGCGAGCUCUACACGUGGGGCCACCCUCUUGGCCGGGAUGUGAGCAACGGCAACUUGCUCGGGCACGGACCCAUCCCGCUGCCCGCGGAGCAUGCCCCUCUCGCGCAGCCUCCUCGCCGCGUCGCUGGGCUGGCGCAGCACCCCGUGGCCGAGGUGAGCUGCUCGACGUACAGCGUGCUCGCCCUCACCACCGACGGGCGAGCUUUCACCUGGGGCGACUCGGACGGCGAUGCCCUCGGCCACGACGAGGACGAGUGCUCCGCGCCGCGCUGGCUCGACGCGCCGUCGCUGCGCGGGCAGAACUUCGCGCACGGCGCGGUCGCCUACACCAACGCGGCGGUCGCAACCACCGACGGCCGCGUGUUUAUGUGGGGCGGCAACGCCUGGGAGCGAGGCAUCGCCGCCGGCCGCGCCGCGCGCGGGCCGAGCGAGAUCACGUGGAGCGGCGCGCCCCCGUGCUACCAGUGCACUUCGGUGUCACUGGCGUGGCGGCACGGCUACCUGCUGUUCCACAAGCGGGCAUGACAGUAGUACUGCCUGCUCGCACUUUGGCGUCCAUGACAUACAGCUCGCUGCUCGCCGAGUCGGGCACGAAGAGGCGGCCGGACAGGAAGGAGCCAGAGGUGUAAAGCCAGCUUACAACGAGUGGGAGAGUGUGAGUUAUUGGGGGUUGGGGGGGGGUCGGGAGUGUUGUUGUGAAAUUCGGGAGUUUUCUCUGAAAAUCGUUUUCAUUC